UUGGGGAAGCGGCAGGACUGGGCACAGGAAACCCACAGCAGCAGAUGCAGGCAGAUCUCUUGCUGGAUCCAGGGAAGCCCUGCCUGCCAGGUCUGACAUCCUGGAACCAGGAGCUUGUGAAAUUCAGCUAUUGCUCAAGUGCAGCCUGCACCAUGCAGACUCAGGAGGUUCUGAGGGAUGGGGAGUACGGAGCCUGGGCUGUCUGUGCUGGAGGAACCUGGUACAAGGAGCACCCAGGGUUGGGGAGAUCGAGGCUCUCGGACCAACUCUGCCUUUCUUCCUUCAAGUUUCAGACAGGGGCAUGUGCAGGCUGCUGGGAAGAAGCAAAAGCCCACCAGAGCUGCACGUGUGGCCACAGCUUUGGAAAGUUGCACCACAGUCGUGGUUAGCUCUGGGAUCCAGGGCAGGAAAACAAGGACACGACAAUCCUGCAGGUCUGGUGCUGGCGGCGCCUGCUGGAGCAGGACAAACAGCCUAGGAAAGACCCAUAUCCCAUGGGCACCCAAGCAUCCAUGGGCUGUGAUGCUCCUGUCAGUGCCAGCCCAAAUCCAUCCCUGGGGGCAGGGCCCGUGGGGAGAACUUUGUUUGCAGAGAGAGAAAGUGGCAAGAGCAAAGGAGAAAGUUAAAAGGUCAAUGCCUGCUGGCAGCCCCCAUGGUGCCGUGAUGCUGCCUGUCACCAGUGCUUUGCUCCCCAAACCCUCCUAUCUGUGACACCACAUCACAGCAGGGCUGUUUCGAAAUAGUAUUUAAGAAAUUCAGAAGCACUGAGGAAACAGCACUUCUUCCAUGAGGAGAAAUGAAAUGUUAUGGGGAGCAGCCCAGAGAGGAAGCAAAACCAGAACAUCUUCCUUCUGGUUUGAGUGAAAUUGAACUCAAAACACCCUUCAAACAGCAUGAGCCCUGACCAAACAUUCUCGUGUUCAGCAAGGAACAGCUGAAACCACAUCUAAUAACCAACAUUGCAGGCACAUCGUGGUAGCACUUUGUGCAAGGGAUGACAGCAGGGAACCGAGCGUGAAAUCCUGCUCUCUCAGAGCUGACCCUCUGGAGGGGAAAAGGCUUUGCCUGGCAGGUGGCUCUGCUGGGGAAGGACUGGUCCCCCCAGGCCACUGGGGCUGGGCUGGUGUUUGCAGGAAAGGGCCAUCAUCAGACAGGAGCCAAGAGGCCAGAAGGGUGGGGAGUUGUGGGACAUCCAUCUCCUGUGCUGUCUGUUCCCCACUCAGUGUCAUGACCUGGUGUCCCCAGGCCACCCCUGGCUCCCCACGCCAAGGCUUCCUCUGGCCACGCACACUCCUUGCACAUGUGCCAGCAGUUCCUGCCCACAGCUCUUCCUGUGUCUCUUUGGAUGAUGCAAUGAUCCAAACAUCCCUGGAAUCACCUGCUGCGGCUCCUGAGGGGACCUGGGGCUGGGCUUUGGUCCUGCUCCAUCCCAGCAGCCGCCAGCUUGGGUCUGCUGCUGCAUCGAGCCCCUUCCCGGCUGAACCCCUGGCAAGGGCUGGUGUGCCACGCUGGCAUCCCAGGCACCUUUGCCUUCUGCAAGGAAAUCCAGCCACAGCGGUUUCCCACGGUGCCACAACCGCAUGGGAAUUCCCCGGGGCAGCAGCAUCGCUGCAGCCGCUCCAGCCUUUCACCCACAGCUGUGGGCAGAGCCGGGACCACAAACCCUGCCAGGGAGGGACGGGGGAAAUCCCAGGGACUCAGCGAGAAGCUAGGGAGCGACCCAGCUGGUUUGUGGGGGAAACUAGGAAAGGGAAUUCCUCAGCCAGAAAUAAAACCUCCCUCUCUCCAUUUCCAGGCCACCAACAGGACAGGGCUCUGGCCAGGACUGAUGGCCACCAGGGCUGUCCUCAGAGCCACAGGGACUUUGCAAAAUGCUGGCAGCGUCGAGAUGAGAGGGACCUGCAGCUCCUGUGUGUGGAUCGCUGCCCACCAUCACCUGCAAGUCCCUGACAGCCUUUGAUCCAACAGCAUCUGAAAACACAGCCUGGGAUGCACGGGGCUCCUCUGCUGUUGUUUUCCCAGCUGCAGGAUCGGCUGUCCCAGCUCUGGCUGUUCCUGCAGCCAGGAGGGCUCUCUGCCAGCACGGGGUCACUGCUGACGCCAGCCCCGACUGCUGCAUCAAAACCAGGCGAACGGAAACUCUCGGGGACCCGUGAGCUGAGACAGCAGGAGCGGGUGACGGACGCCGGCUCACUGGACGCAGCGGUGCAGAGCGCCCUCCAGGCCCUCUACCCCCCCUUUGAGGCCACGGCCCCCACGGUGCUGGGCCAGGUGUUUCGGCUGCUGGAGACCAGCUAUCGGGGGGACGGGCUCUGCUGCCUGCUCCAGUUCCUCAUCCCAGCCAAGCGCCUCUUCGAGCACGUGCGGCAGGCAGCCUGCGCUCCCUACUUUAACUGCAUCUUUCUCCAUGAAGGCUGGCCCUUGUGUCUUCACGAGAAAGUGGUUGUCCACCUCGCACCGCUCAACCCGCUCCUGCUGCGUCCCGGGGACUUCUACCUGCAAGCGGAGCCCUGCGAGGAGCACACGGCUCGCAUCACCGUCAAGCACCUCUCCCACGACCUGCGCACGGUGGAGGAGACACCCAUCCCCGAGGCUGCCUACGCGCUGCUCUUCACCAAUGAGUGGCUGGAGGAGAUCAACAGUGACCGCACCAGGGCCCCCCUCCACACCUGCCUGGUGGCCACCGAGAACGGCAUCGCCCCACUGCCUUGGAGCAAGAUCGCCACGCCAGAGUUCAUCGAGAAGCCCAAGGCUGGAGGUGAUGGCACAACCAGUGGGACCGGGCACAGCCCUGCUCCUGAACCUGCAGCUGAGCCAGCAGCACCCAGCACGCCCACACGCCGUGGCAUGGCGGACACCCUGGGGUGCUACAGCAACAUCGUGGGCACCAUCCCGGGCUGCAGGGAAGCCUCUCGGAAGUCAGGCCAGGGGCGGUACCCGGGGCUGAUCAAGGUGGACCAGGCUGGGCUGCAGAAGAAGCCAGCCACGCUGGCUGUGCCCAGCCUCUGUGAGAUUGUCAGCCAGAACCUGGCGGGAGAGUAUGUGGACCUGCUGGACCUCUCCCAGGAGCAGCUGGGGCUCCUGGCCAAGUCCCUGCCGCCUGCCCGCCUGGCACAGCCGAUGGGGACUGGGGCUGAGGUGACGCUUCCCUGGGUGAAUGGGGGGCUGGGGACAGGGACCUGGCUCUGCCAGGGGGCACCAGGCUCAGAGGAGGGUUCCUGCACCCCCUGCCUGGGGAGGAGGCUGAGCCAGGAGCCGGGGGUACACGGCCCGCGGUGCCGCCACCGUGACUCCUACCUGGCCGCACUGCAGAACCCAGUGAGCUUUGGCUCUGGGCUGAUGACAGCCAUCCUGGAGGAGCCGGACUCCCCUGGCCGCGAGCUACCCCUCACCACCCCCCAUGAGACCCCUGCUCGGUGCAGGAGGGGGAUCAGCAGCCCCACACUCCUCACUCGCCAUCCCCAUGGCACGAGUCCCAAAGUGCAGGCAGAGGAGAUGGCACAGCAGGGCAGCACCAGCCCCCGACUCUCUCCAGCCCCCGGCCACAAGUUCUCCUUCUUGAAGGGGCCACGGCUUGGGGCAGCCCCUGGGGAUGAAAGAGCCACCAGCCAACAUGAAGGCACCUGGAAGAAGGUGUCUGCCAUCUACUCACCCAGGAUGGGCAGAGCCAAGCCAGCUGGGAAAGCAGGUACAGAUGCGGCAGCCACUGCCUCCACAAAGGACAGAUCCCUGGAGAGCACUCUCUGCAAGAAUGGCCCCCCUGUGUCCAGUGCCCCUGGCCGGGAGCCGCCAGGCUGGCAGGACCUGCACUCUGGGCUGCUGCGCUCGGGCAUCAUGUGCCUGCCAGGGAGCUCGGACAAGCUGGGCAGGGCCCUGCUCCAGGUGAGCACCAGCAGCAGUGCAUGGGGAGCCACGUGGUGCUCAGCCACUGAGCUGGCGAAGCUCAUCCUCUACCUCUGCUCCCUCUCCAGGCGAGACAUGAAGGACGAUGGGCUCACUGUCGUGGUGGAUGCCAGGAAGCAGCCACCUGCUCCUGUCCUGUUCUCGGCCCUCCGCUCUGCCCAGAGCGUCUCACCGGGCUGCAUCCACACCGUGCUGCUGCUGGCUGAGAAGGAGCUGCUCGCCCACCGCGAGAGGCUGCCCGGGGUGCAGGUGGAGACCCUGGCAUCGCUGAAGGCUCUGAGCCGCUACGUCGACAGCUCCCAGCUGACACAGGAGCUGGACGGCACCUUCCCAUACUGCCACGGCGAGUGGGUUCAAUUCUACCAGAAGCUGCAUCCCUUUGUGGCUGGCCUCAGACAGGCACUGGAGCUGCUGCAGAGCUGCAUCCGGGAGCUGCGGAGCGCUGACACGCCAGCAGGGAUGCAGGAUGUGGCCGAGUGCAUCAGAUGGCACCAGGAGCUGAUGCAACGGGUGCUGAGUGACCCACAGCUGGUGCGUGUGCAGCGCGAGGGGGGAGCCGUGCUGGCCAGGCUGCGCAGGGAGGCUGCCCGGCUCAGUGCCUCAGCCAGCAUCAGGACCAGCAUGGAGUUGGCUGAGGGGCUGUACAACCAGCUGGAGGAAGACCUUCAUGAACUGGUGUCCCAGUCCAACAGCUGCCUGGACCGCCUGGAGUUCCUCCGAAAGGUCCGGGAGCUCAAGGCCGAGUUCAGCAAGCUGGGGCACUGGCUGGACGGGGAGGCUGCAGCGCGGCUGCAGGAGAUGGGCACCGAGGAGUGGAGCCCCGACAACUUCCAGGGCCCCACCGAGCAGUUUAAAGAGUUCUUCAUCCAGGCAACAGCUCAGUACCAGCGUGGCCUGGCGCUAUGUCAGGAGGCAGCUGAGGUCCGUGAUGCAGCUUUCCCCGAGGCAGAUCCCUUCCAUGCGGCUGCUGCCCUUUUCCAGACGAAGCUGAUGAGCUUCCACAGGCAGGUGGAGCGGCGGGAGGCUGAGCAGGAGCUGCUGCGGGAGCUUGGCCGGUUCUCCAGCAAGAUUACAGGGCUGAAGGUGGACUGCAGGCAGUGCUCAGCGCGGGUGAAACGCGGCGAGGGCCAGGCGCUGCAGUGCCUGCAGAGCUCCUUCCAGAAGCUGUCAGUGGAGUUUGCCCAGGAGAAGCUGCAGGAGAUGAAGGCUCAGGUGUGCAGGAUGCAGAGCAGCCAAGGGCUGGCAGCCUGGACUGAGGCACGGCACAGGUACGAGGAGACCCGUGGGAUCCUGGAGGAGAUGCUGGCAGAGCUGCAGGAGGCCUGGGGAGCAGAAGCCAGCAGGCAAGGAGACGCCCUCAGCUCCCCCAACACGGGGUCUGCAGCCCCUCGCAAGGAAUCCCCAGUCUGCAAAGGAGCCACCAGCCCCGACACAGCAGUGUCGGAGGGUCGGGGGGUGGUGGAGAAGAUAGAACCCAGCAUCCAGGGACAAGGACAGCCCCAGGCUGGCAGCAUUCCCAGCUCUGUACCAGGUGUGGAGCUGAGCUCCACACACUCUCACUGCCCACAGGGGCUGGAGAGCGACUGCACCUUUCACCACCACAUCCCUGCUGACACCUCCAUCCACAGACCCGAGAGCAGAGCCUGCCAGGGACCUGCAGGACCCCUCAUCCAGGAGCGCAGCCAGCCCCCUCCGAGGCGCGCCUUCACCCUGCCUCCCCGGGUGCGUGUUCCCAGAGCUGACCCAUCGUGUCCCACCGCUGCGCCCCACAGCACUGUCUCAGGUCUGCCCACAGAAAAGCGGGCAGAAGCCACCCAGUACUUCCAGGUUUCCAGCUGGAACAGUUUCUCCUCUGAAGACUCAGACUCACAGAACUCCACUGAAGAAGCCUUGGCAGCGAGCCUGGCUUCGCCGCGGGACCUCCAGGGCCCCAGACAGUGCCCCUCUGAAAAGACCCUCCAGAUUGUUUACCUGGAGAACCACCACACCGAGAGCCCAGCUAAAGAAAAUGCCAAGUAAAACCCAUCCCUUCCAGCUGGGGCUGUUUCUGCACAGCUGUGGAAGUGUCAAUCAAGUCCUGGCUGGGGCAUCCUCGAAGGUGAGGAGCUGGGACCCGUUGUCCACCCACAGUUACAGAGUCCUUCAGGUCCCACGCUUAGCCCUCGCCCUGCUGUGGAUGGCAGGAACCCCAGCCCCAGCCUCACCAGCUUCGUUAAUCAUCCACUAGGUGUGUAGCAACCCUUGCGUACAGUGCUGUUAUCCCUACAAGUGCCAGGUUUACCUCAGGACAGAGGUGAGGGUUCCUGCAGCCAGCGGCCAUGCUCAGAGCAUCCCAUGGGAGCGCAAACCUGUGCCAAGGGGUUUCUGCCCAUCGGCCCUGCUGCACUCCCUGUGCCGGGCAGUUUCACCAUCCCCUGCCGCUGCUGCAGCUCUGGCCAAGCAAUGACAACACACAUUUUGUUCUUGUGCACUCAGUAAUGGGGGACUAACAUUUUUAAUGUUAAUAAAUCUGAAGAGAAGCACCCGGCGUGGUCCUUGUGGAGCAGAACAAAAAGUUUUUCUUGCUCAGGGCCAGGCUC